UCAAGAGUUGAACAUCCGGGCACUGCCAGGUGUUGUGUGACCGCCGCCAUCUUGCGUAGGAGCCGGAAAGGUUUUGUUCCGCCGAAGUCCUCGCAUAUCGCGGACGUUUUUACCUGCAUUCUUCAGAGAAACUAUUACUCACGUACAGACAUGGGACGGAAGAAGAAGAAGCAGAUGAAGCCUUGGUGCUGGUACUGUAACAGGGAGUUCGAAGAUGAAAAGAUUCUUAUGCAGCACCAGAGAGCGAAGCACUUCAAGUGUCAUAUAUGUCACAAAAAGUUGUACUCGGGGCCGGGGUUAGCAAUUCACUGUGUACAGGUACAUAAAGAAACAGUAGAUGCAGUACCAAACUCGUUACCAGGGAGAGCGGACAUUGAGCUGGAAAUCUAUGGCAUGGAGGGGAUCCCAGAAAAGGACCUUAAGGAACAUGAACGACAGAAAAUAGCGGAUGAAGCGGCGGAGGCGGGAGGAGGAGCGGCAGGGCCGGUACCGAAGAAGCCAAAGACAGAUGCGGGUGAGGGCACAUCAGCGCAGCCGCAGGGCCAGAUGCCCUCGCCAGCCGCGUCCAUGGCACCUGGACCUGUGCCAGGUGUUCCACCUGCCAUGCAGCACAUGCCAGGUAUGCCAAUGAUGCCCCCUCCCAUGCCGGGUAUGAUGCCGGGACAGCACGGAGCCCCAGGCAUGCCGACCCACAUGGGCAUGCCCCCCAUGGUGCCCGGCAUGCCUCCUAUGAUGAUGGGCAUGCCGCCAAGACCAGGGAUGCCGAUGGGGCCAAUGGGACCGAUGGGCAUGGGAGUCCCCCCAGGCAUGGUGCCUCCUAUGCACGGUCACGGCAUGCACGGGCCAGGGGGGCCAGGUGGCAUGCCCCCCUCCUCCCAGCCCCACAGCGCACCCCCCACGUCACAACCCCCCUCCACAUCAGCACAACAGAUGCAGCAACCCCCCGCAAAACCGCUCUUCCCAGCUGCUGCGCCGACCACCACCAGUACCACAGGGCCUGUCGGCGCAGACUUCAAGCCCCUGAACGCCCCCUCUAACAUCGGACCCCAGAAGCUUCCCCCGACGACGACGGCCGCGCCCCUCUCCACGAGCGCCCCGCCCAACCCCACUCAGACGAGACAGGCGACAGUUUCCGCGGCCCCAAGCAUCUCCAAGCCUUCCACGUCCGGAGGGUCCACCGGCGGAUCCACCAAACUCAUGCACCCUGAACCAGAGGAUGUGUCACUGGAGGAGAGAAGAGCCCAGAUGCCGAAGUACAACCGACAGAUGCCGCCUGUGUCCGUGCACGCGCCAGCCUCCACAUCUGCCCCCGCUCCGAUGGGCCAACCGCAUGCCGCGCCGCCUGUGUCCGCCCACGCCAUGGGUCCGCCAGGCCACGGCAUGGCCCCACCAGGGCACGCGCCGCCUUUCGGAGGUAAUAUGAUGCCGCCAGGCAAUAUGCCGCCGAACAUGCGGCCUCCGAUGCCGCCGCCCAUGGGCCAUCCAGGAGGGAUGGGCGGGCCUCCACCGCAGGGGAUGGGGAUGGGGCCAGGGGGGAUGCCGUUUGGCGGCCCCCCUAGAGGGCCCCCCAACAUGCCCUUCCAGGGGGGUCCAGGCAUGCCGCCGGGAAUGAGGCCUCCGAUGAUGGCGCCGCAGGGGCGGUACUAGCGGUGGUGGCGGCACUGCGGCGCUUCCGUGCACAGUUAAGUGCCUGUCCUGCUAUCCCGUGGAUGGACAGUACAGCAGAAUCACAGCGCAAGGGGCAAAGCUAAAAACCUCGCUCAGAAACUUCCUGUAAAAGAAACGAAAAAGCUCCUUAUAGAUUGUAAGAAACCCUUCCAUGCAAACAGUAUGCGAUACAAAAUCACAGUGGAAGGGGCAAAGCUUAAAAACCUUGUUCAGAAACAUCACUUAAAGGAAACAAAAAAGCGUCUUAGAAAUUGCAAGAAACCCUUCCAUGCAAACAGUAUGCGAUACAAACGAACUUUUAGGAAAAUGAAGUCAUUUUUAAGACAGCCCGUUUUCAUUACUUCGUGAAUUCAGCUUUUCUGGUUAUUUUUCUUUGUCUCUUUACUGAUUUUCUGCUGUGUAGGCCUGUCAUGUACAGUACCUGCUUCUGGGAUCUGACUCCAAAUAAGGCUAUAAUUACCUAAUAAAGUAAUGGUUACCUUAGAUACUACAAUGGAUGCUGUUGUUCCACACUGUUGUCCUUACUUACAUGUAGGUCCACAGAAGAUUGACGUACCUGAACUAAUCUAAGGUUUGUAGAUACUACGUGUUGCUACCUUGUGCAUUUCUGAUGUUUCAACAGCCUAAGUUCUGAGUAGCCAAAAUACUUUAAUUCUUCACUCUCUGAGAAUUAAAGCACUUGUGUUCAAUGAUCAGAAAUGGCUAGGGCUGUCAUAAGUUCUAACCAGAACUGUUAAGGUCAAAUUUGGUAUUUUUCUUCUUGUUUAAACUUGUUCCCAAGAGAGAAGUGAAACAGCACUUCAGAACAUCCCAAAAGUGCGUCUAGAGCACUGAAUGCUUUUUUUCUUCCUUUGGAGUAUUUUGGAAACGUAUCCUGCUUGCUGAAGUUGAAGAAAUCCGUAUAUCCCACUAGCACAGCCACACACGUAACGAUGGUAAAGAACUUAAGAAGUAACAAGUCUGAGUAAACCUGCUCAUGGUUUCAAGUGCACAUGGUGCAUUGUGGUGCAUUGUGGGUCAUGUGUCAAAGGUCAAGGCCCCUGCAACAUGUCAUGUAGGACAUGUAUCAAGCACAGUCUAUUUACAAGUUAGGUUUCUUGACCAUUGACAAAUCACCUGAAAUGUAUUGUAUGGCGCAUGCACUGUUCAUAUGACAGCCCUGGCCAUAUCAAACUAUGUAGAGUACAUGUAGGUUUUGCUUUGCAGGCAGGCAAGGAGAAACAAAGGUGGGAAACAAAGAGCAGUACAAUAAACACUUGUUUCCACUAUGGUGUUGCUUGUUUCUUGGUCAUGCUAGGUUGAUUUUUUAUGGGUUCUCAGAUUUUGUAUGCUGCUAUGCAAGAAAUGAGCUAAGGAUGUUAACAAGAAGUGGCUCCAAUCUCAUGUAACCAAAAGAUUGAUUGGUGUUGGAUUGAAACCUAUUCAAGACAGACACAUCAAAAUCACCAAGGAUUUACAGUAAUGUAACGAUUGUGGUUAACUUCUAUUUUGGCUGUGGGCUCAUUUUUUUUUUUUAAAUCUAGUGGAGUUAGCAUCAAGAGCAAUGAAAUGAGAGAACCAUAGAAUCAAGACUAGCAUGACCAUGAUGAUAAGAUUUAUUACGGUAGCUCAUUUGACGGAAGGUCUGUUGAAGUUUUGCUUGCAAAUCUAAACUACUGAUUACAACUCCAUCUUUAGAUGGAUUUGUUUUAUUAAGAAAGGUCUCUCCAUUUGUCUGUACAGAUAAAAACAUGAUUGAAUACAAAGGAAGCAAAAACUCAAUAGACUAAUAACUGCAGUUACUGUUACGAUUUGUCUAUCAUGAAGUUUUAACUUGGUAAGUACCCGCCACAAUUCGUAGUUUUGUUUAUUCGUGUUGUGACAGUUUGACCUGUUGUAGGGAAAUGAUUUUGAUGGGAAAACGGGACGUUUCGAGAUGAUCCCAUCCCGGUAAGUCCAUGCAGGUUGGUGAUACGAUGACAUUUUUGAAAGAUUCACAUAUCAGUGUCGACCCCCAGUAGACGAUGUAUGAUUAUGUAGACACUUAUGACUUGCCAAAAAGUCUUCACUAUUUUGCACAUUUCUAAGGGACCAUUCCAUGUAGAAAGUUGGAUUCAAAGCACUUCUUUUUGAUUGUUAAAAAGAUACGAAGAAAAACUGUAAAAAGAAGUUUCAAAGAAAAUGGUUUUAAAAAGACACACCCCACCCUGGAAAUUUCUAAAUGGAAUGGCCCCUUGCUAAGUCAAAUACAUGGAAAAGUAUAUUUUGGCUACCCUUAUAACCUGAAAACAAGUCUAGCAUGAACAUAGUUUCAUUGUAACUGAAAACAAAAUUGUCAGAACUAUAGUUGUAGGGAAAAGGUUAACCCCCUAAUUAAGAAAGUUCCAAGCAUGAUGUGAUCAUUUUGUCAUUACUUUUACCUGUAACACUUAUAAUAAGUUCAUGAAGUUGUAGGAUUGAAUUGUGCAGAAUGUACGGUAGGAGGUUGACAUUAUUCGAUGCAUUGUUCUUUCGUUUCACUUUUCAGCCAAUCCUUUGUCUCGUCUUGUCUUGUAUUGUACUUAAUAAAAAUCUGACACAAG